AUGUUUCAGGCCGGUUUUACGAGGCUAGACCAGACCUCCACAGAUUUCUGGUUGGGUCUGCAGGUCUACAACUCUCACAACCGGCAACCGGCUUCUUCACCCCAUCAGCGCGCGCCUCAGCGGGAUUCCUCUCUGUGUGAGCCCCCACAGCUCCUCAGCGCCGCGUUAAAGCCCCUCUGUCCCACACAGCUUUUUUAUUGCAUCCCAAACAACAGAAGAGAAGAAGACAUGGCGAAGGACGACAAGAAGAACGAGUGGAAGGAGUUCUUCUGGAACCCGAGGACCCGCGAGUUCUGCGGCAGGACGGCCAGCAGUUGGGGUUUGAUCUUUUUGUUCUAUCUGGCCUUUUACAUCUUCCUGGCUGGACUCUUCACUCUCACCAUGUACGUCAUGCUUCUAACCCUCGACGACAACACACCCACCUACCAGGACAGACUCGCUACACCAGGGAUGAUGAUCAGGCCUAAAGGUGAAGAUCUGGAGAUUACAUACACUAAAGAGAACACAGAGAGCUGGGACAUGUAUGUGCAGGCCCUCAACCGCUUCCUCUCCCCCUACAACGACUCAGUGCAGGAGCAGAAGAACCAAGAGUGCACACCUGACCAGUACUUCAUACAGGCGGACAGCUCCAAUUUGAGGAACAACCCCAAACGCUCAUGCCAGUUCAAACGCUCCAUCCUGGAGGACUGCUCCGGCCUCUCUGAUCGCUACUACGGCUACAGCGAUGGCAAACCUUGCAUCAUCAUCAAACUCAAUCGAGUGAUCGGUAUGUUGCCAGGGAAGGACGGCCAGACGCCCUCCGUUAGUUGUGGCCCCAAGGCUGAUGACACAGAUAAGAUGGGGGAGGUGGUGUACUUUCCCCGCAACGGCACCUUCAACCUCAUGUACUACCCAUACUACGGCAAGAAGGCCCAGGUGAAUUACUCGCAGCCGCUUGUGGCAAUCAAGUUCCUCAACAUCACCCUAAACACUGAGGUCAACGUGGAGUGUAAAAUCAAUGCCAACAACAUCCCCACCAACAACGAGCGGGACAAGUUCGCCGGCCGCAUUUCCUUCAAGCUGAAGAUCAACUCUAGAAACUAACCAGACCGAAGUGCGUUACCUCUGUGUACACACACACACACACACACACACACACAUAUGCUUUAUACACACACGCAUAUGUCCUCCUUACUCCAUCCUAUCAUGCAGAGGGUGCUCUUAGAGACACAUGCCAGACACAGCACUCAGCUCACUCACUCAGCUGUGUUUACAGUGACUUCUGUACAUUCUCACCUCCAGUGAAGGCGUUAGUGAGUGAAUCAGAAAAGCUAAGACGCUGCUGAUUGCGCUGUGUCUGUGUCUUAGAGCUGCACC